AUGCAUAUCUAUCGUCUCCUCCCUGAGGUGCGAACUAACCAUACAAACCGAAGGGUCCCUAGUAAACACAAACUCAACAAACGCGACAUCACCUUCGGACUCUGGGUUAUCCUCCGAUGCAUAUACCCUGAUCAGAAACUUCCAGCUCUCAGACUUGCUCUCAUGGAAAAGUAUCCAGGUAUAGACCUCAGUGCCUUCACCGGUCCUGUUCCCAACGCUGCCUGCAAGGCUCCCGAGGAACACACCGUCGGGAAACUCGAGCUCAAGGUUGUGACUCCUUGCUUUGAGAAGAAAAUGCUUGAGGAAGAUGAUAAGAUCAACCCUAGCGACUUGUCCCUCAAAAAGGAGGAAUACUUCCUUAGUGAGACAUGCACUACAGGGCAUGGCUUUCUCGUUACUAACUUCCUAUUAGACGAUACUGUAUCCCAAAUCCCGAAAUUCGGGCCUCACCUGGACCAGCUCCUCUCCACUGAACCUGACAAGUCUUCCGCUCGGCGUUUGAUGGAGGUCGAGUCGAAAAUGCGAGGCAUGGUUCUUGGAGAACCUCACAGUGCUUCUUACAGCAAGUUUCUGAAGUCAAGGUCCAGUAAUGCGCCAGUAGAUGUAUCUACUUAUGGUCCCGAUAUCAUAAAGCUAUGCGCCAGUCCUAGCGCUGUGUACGAAGCAGACAUUGAAUCCUUGGCUAGCGACGAAUCUUCUCCUGAGGACUACUCUGCCCAGACUGCAGUUUCAAACAAGCGGUUCCUCGAGUUGAAAGAUCUCAUUACCAAUGUGACAACCGAAUCGAAACGGGGUGUUUCUGAUGAAAUGCGCAAGAUGCACACAGAGACGACGAAGCAGAUCCAAAACAUGCACACCGAGAUGAUUGAACAGUUCACGAAGAAUCGAAAGACAUUGGUUGAUAUUGGUGAACAAGUUGCUGAGAUACGAGCACAUAUCGAGCUUGCGCGUAUUGAUCGGAAGGAUCUGGACGAAGUUGAGGCCAGGGCCAUCAACCUUGAGCAGUUCAUCUUGUCACUUUGA